AUGCCUCGUGGUCGGCCAUCCGGGGGUGCCUCCACCCCGAUCCCUGCAGCUGGCACUGGCACCAGGCGAUCUACUAGAUCUUCUCUCCGUGCAAGCAGCAAUGCUUCGCCGGUACCAUCAAUCACAGACUCGGUUACUAGUAGAAGAGCAACCCGUCUCAGUCAGAGUGCUGCUAGAGGCCCUCCCAGCGAAACGGUAUCAUCCGUCGCAACCCCUGCAGAGCUCACUUCAGACGAGGCCAGCGACUUCACCCCUGCUACCAGCGUAGUGCCUACUCCGCUAUCUAAUGAUUCUGGAACCUCCGUCGACAAGCGAUCAUCAUUUGUUAUUGAGGUGCCCACCUCUCGAAGUCGUGCAGAGAGAGAGCGUGCCCUGCGAACAAGCAAUUUGUCUCUUAAUGCAAAGGGAAAACGGCGGGCUGAUCUGGUCAAAGACUCUGACGACGAUGAAUACUCUUCUGUCGACGAGUCUCCAGACGCCAAAGUUGCCCGAAGGCUGCAAGAAGAGGAAUAUGGCAAGGCCCCUACUGAUGACGGUUGGGAGGCUACUUAUGGCUACCCGAAUGGUGCACCGAAACACUUGCAAUGGAGCCCCAGAUCUGGUGGUAUAAUUUGCAAGCCCAUACCUCGUAGGCCUGCCAAAAGAGAGCGAGCCGACACGAUUUCGAGUGCCCCCGGCCGUCGUUCGAAGAAGAGUAGAGUGAUAUCCGAUUCUGAAGACGGCCCACGGUCGGAUAUCGACAUGGACGCAGAAAUCGCUGCUUCUGCAGCUUUUGAUGACGACAACGCUGCCGAAACCCUGCAGAAUGUCUCCAUCGAGAUAUCUGAUUCGGAUGAUCUUAGCGACCUUGAUCUUGACGACUCGGUAUUUGAAGUCUCGAGUGAUGACGAGCCUUUGUCCAGGUCUAAAGGAAAGCAGCGAAUGUCUACUGCUGGUGCCACUAUCCCUGCCAGUCGCGGAGCCAAGUCUUCGAAACGUCACCGUGCGGCUAAUAUCGAUCUCAUCAGCAGCAGUAGCGAGGACUCUGAUGCAUCUUUUCAUUCCACUGGUUCCGUGGACGACCCCGUUGAAGCUGCGUUGGAGGAACCGAGCGCCAUGCGAACCAUCGGCGCCUCACGCAAGGCUUAUAGACGGGGAAACAAGCGCCGAAACCAGUCUGAGCGAGAGCGUCUGGAAGCCCAUCAUCCGGAGCUUAAAGUCAUGUGGAUCGACUUGGAGAACCUGCCUGAAAUCAACGCAGGUAUGGCAGAGCAGCCGCCAACUAUUUCACGCCGCCUCAAGCCCUUCCAGCUUGAAGGUCUAGCCUGGAUGAAGGAGAUGGAGAAGCAGGAGUGGCAAGGUGGCCUUCUCGGCGACGAGAUGGGCCUGGGCAAGACAAUUCAGGCAGUGUCGCUCAUUAUGUCCGACUACCCCGCCAAGCAACCCAGUUUGGUGCUGGUGCCGCCAGUUGCCCUGAUGCAAUGGCAGUCUGAAAUCAAGUCCUACACCGAUGGAACACUCAAGACAUUCGUCUUCCAUGGCACAAACGCUAAGACGAAAGGCAUGCAAGUCAAGGACUUGAAAAAGUACGACGUGAUUAUGAUGUCGUACAACAGUCUGGAGUCUAUUUACCGAAAGCAAGAGCGUGGCUUCAAGCGCAAAGACGGACUUUACAAACAAGAAAGUGUGAUUCACGCUAUUAACUUCCAUCGCAUCAUUCUGGACGAAGCCCACUGCAUCAAAACACGAACAACAAUGACGGCCAAGGCAUGCUUUGCUCUCAAAACCAACUAUCGCUGGUGCUUGACUGGAACUCCGCUCCAAAACAGAAUCGGAGAGUUCUUUUCUCUCAUCAGAUUUCUCAACAUCAAGCCCUUUGCAUCUUACCUGUGCAAGCAGUGCCCUUGCUCUACAUUGGAAUGGAGCAUGAACGAGGACCACCGAUGUAAGAAUUGUGGCCACGGUGGCAUGCAGCACGUAUCAGUUUUCAACCAGGAGCUUCUAAACCCGAUUCAAAAGUAUGGCAACUUUGGCCCUGGGCGAGAGGCAUUCCGCAAGCUUCGACUGAUGACAAAGCGCAUUAUGCUGCGUCGUCUCAAGAAGGAUCACACCAAUGCCAUGGAGCUGCCCGUCAAGGAAGUAUUCGUCAAUCGUCAAUUCUUUGGCGAGGAGGAGAAUGACUUUGCGGGAAGCAUCAUGACGAACGGCCAGCGCAAGUUUGACACCUAUGUCCAUCAGGGCGUCUUGCUUAACAAUUAUGCCAACAUUUUCGGUCUCAUUAUGCAGAUGCGUCAAGUUGCUGAUCAUCCAGAUUUGAUCUUGAAAAAGAAUGCCGAGGGUGGCCAGAAUGUGCUCAUCUGCUGCAUCUGUGACGAGCCGGCCGAGGAUACGGUGCGCAGCCGCUGCAAGCACGACUUUUGCCGAGCAUGCGUGCUGAGCUACGUCCACUCGACCGAUGAGCCCGAUUGUCCGCGGUGCCACAUUCCGCUGUCUAUUGAUCUGGAACAACCAGAAAUCGAGCAAGACCAAUCCAUGGUGAAGAAGUCUUCAAUUAUCAAUCGUAUCAAGAUGGAGAAUUGGACGUCGUCUUCCAAGAUUGAGCUUCUUGUUCACGAGCUGCACAAGCUGCGAUCGGACAAUGCGUCGCACAAGUCCAUCAUCUUCUCGCAGUUUACGACCAUGCUCCAGCUUGUCGAGUGGCGUCUGCGCCGUGCGGGCAUCACGACGGUCAUGCUCGACGGCAGCAUGACGCCAGCCCAGCGCCAAGCCUCGAUUGAGCAUUUCAUGAGCAAUGUGGACGUGGAGUGCUUUCUUGUGUCACUGAAGGCGGGUGGCGUUGCACUAAAUCUGACGGAAGCCUCCCGCGUCUUCAUUGUCGAUCCAUGGUGGAACCCGGCCGCAGAGUGGCAGUCGGCGGAUCGAUGCCACCGCAUCGGCCAGACGCGACCGUGCACGAUUACGCGGCUUUGCAUCGAGGACUCGGUGGAGAGCCGCAUGGUGCUGAUUCAGGAGAAGAAGACGAGCAUGAUUCACUCGACGGUGAAUGGCGACGACAAGGCAAUGGAGACUCUGAGUCCCGAGGACAUGCAGUUCUUGUUCCGCGGAAGCUAG